CUGCAUGCUUGCGACACUAGGAUUGCAUUGUGGGAAGAGCUGGCUGUGUUCUUAAAGUGAAAGCAAACAAAUUGUCUGCUGACUUCUGUUAGGCAUUCAGCAUUCCUCACCUAGAGACAUGUCUUCUUUGAGUGGUAAAGUGCAGACUGUAUUGGGACCCAUCCACCCUGAUCAACUAGGAUAUACCUUGACCCAUGAACAUCUGACAAUGACCUUUAAUUGCUGUUACUGCUCUCCUCCUCCGCACCAGAAAGACUUAUCCAAUGAACCUAUUGUGAUGAGAAAUUUGUUUUGGUUAAAGCAAAACCCAUACAGUAAUAGGGAGAAUUUGCUGCUGAACCAAGAAUGUGAGGCUAUAAAAGAAGAAUUGUUAAGUUUCAAGGAAGCGGGUGGUGGCAGCAUUGUUGAAAACACAACUACAGGAAUUAGUAGAGAUGUAAAGGCUCUGAAGAUAAUGGCAGAGGAGACAGGGGUGAAUAUAAUCUCCGGGGCUGGGUUCUAUGUGGAUGCAACUCAUUCAUCUGAAACAAGAUCCAUGUCUGUGGAACAGUUGACCAAGGUUCUUGUUAAUGAAGUCCUUGAAGGAGCAGAUGGUACAGAUAUAAAAUGUGGAAUAAUCGGAGAGAUUGGAUGUUCCUGGCCUUUAACCGAGAGCGAAAGGAAAAUUUUGCAGUCAACCGCCGAAGCUCAGUCACAACUUGGUUGUCCCGUCAAUAUUCAUCCGGGUAGAAAUAGUAAUGCUCCAUUCCAGAUUUUGAGAAUUCUGCAGGAGGCUGGAGGAGAUAUCUCUAAAACAGUAAUGUCUCAUCUUGAUAGGACUAUAUUUGAUGAGAAAAAACUGCUAGAGUUUGCUGAACUUGGAUCGUACUUGGAGUUUGAUUUGUUUGGAACAGAAAUGCUGAACUACCAGUUUAAUGAAGCAGUCGACAUGCCCAGUGACAACGAAAGGAUCAAAACGCUCCGUCUCUUAGUUAAUGAAGGUUAUGAAGACAGAAUUGUUAUCGCACAUGACAUCCACACCAAGAACAGACUGACUAAAUAUGGCGGUCAUGGUUACUCACACAUACUGCUGAACAUCGUUCCAAAGAUGUUGCUCAGAGGAAUAUCCCAAAAAAGCAUCGACAAGAUAUUACUGGAAAAUCCCAAAAGGUGGCUGACAUUUAAAUAAGAGAGCCAUCCAGUUCUAAAAAUAAGGAUGCACAAAUAAUGAUAUGGGUAAAUCUCGACAGCUAUUUCAUCUUAGAAUGUUUAGACUUUGCAGUUUACUGAUCUUUAACCAAAUAACGAAACUCAUAUUUUAUUUUAGAGAUAAACACUUAAACAAUCGUCUUUAAAAACGAUUAAAUCAAUUCCUGCAGGCGGCUAUGAUCAAGGGUACAUCGAAGCAAGUAAUAAUAAUAAUGCACAACUUGUAGAAAAGCAAAGUGAUUGCAAUUAAAUGACUCCCCUCUGGAACAAUUUGAUGUUCCUUGUAAUAUUGAUGAUGCUUGUAAUUAUCCUGCUGUUCUUUAAUUAAUGCUUGAUACGGAACAUGGCAAUUUAAAUUACUUUCCGGCAAAAAGUUUAGAUUUUGCCUUUGAAAUAUUAUUUUUCUUUUUCGUGUAGGACAUCCUUUGUGUUUUUAGUUACAGUUUGCAUCCACCACCUAUUAAUAAUAGUAUUGUUCUGUUACUUUUUUGUUAAUAUGCAUUGAGGUGGUUGUGCAAAUAUGUGGGAUAUUCUGUGAAAAAAAAAGUUAACUCAGAUAUUUAUAGUUAA